UUCUCUAUUGCGCAUGACUGUAUGGCGGAAUAUGAAGUAGAAGCCUUCUGUUUUUCUCCGAGCUUAGAGUCCAACCCCCCCGAAUCAACCUCUGAAAAACAAAAACGCGGAGCCAUUAAAUCUAAAAUUUGGGCAGGGUGGAGUGAUGGCCGUGCUGGGCCCAGCGUCUGGUGUCCAGAGAUGAUAGAGGUGACCUCAGAGUCACCUUUAACCCCUGAUCCCCACCACAACCCCUGAGAGCGAGCUGAAACUGUCCACACACAGGCUGCAGUGGGGUCCUCUUCCAAAUGACUACCUCAGGCCUACAGACUGUUUCACUGCAGCCACAGUCCUGAACAACAGCCAGUCAUGACAUCAAGCAUAGGGGAUGAUUCUAGCAUCUUCGAUGGGUCGAUGGAAGAAGAUGAGAAGGACAAAGCAAAACGCGUGUCCCGUAACAAGUCAGAGAAGAAGAGACGCGACCAGUUCAAUGUCCUCAUCAAGGAGCUGGGGACCAUGUUGCCUGGCAUCACACGCAAGAUGGACAAGUCCACCAUCCUGCAGAAGAGCAUCGACUUCCUGUGUAAACACAACGAGACCUCUGCUCAGUCUGAGUCCAGUGAGAUAAGACAGGACUGGAAACCUCCGUUCCUUAGCAACGAGGAGUUCACCCAGCUCAUGCUGGAGGCUCUGGAUGGAUUCUUCAUAGCGAUAAUGACAGACGGGAACAUCAUCUAUGUCUCUGAGAGCGUUACCUCCUUGCUGGAACACCUGCCGUCGGACCUGCAAGACCAGAACCUGUUAAACUUCCUCCCCCUGAAUGAACACUCGGCGGUGUACAAGGCUCUCUCCAAACACCCCUCCGACCCCGAGAGCCUCGGACCAGAGUACCUCAAGACCAAUAACCAGCUGGAGUUUAGUUGCCACGUGUUGAGAGGAACCAUCGACCCGAAAGAACCGGCCGUCUACGAGCACGUCAAAUUCAUCGGCAACUUCAAGUCCAUGAACGACGUCCCCAACACCACCAGGAAUGGUUUAGCAGGAGUGUUACAGAGAUCCCUACAACCUGCCUUUGAUGACCUGGUCUGCUUCGUAGCCACCGUCAGGCUGGCUAAACCACAGUUCAUCAAGGAGAUGUGUACAGUGGCGGAGCCCAAUGAAGAGUUCACCUCCCGACACAGCCUGGAGUGGAAGUUCUUAUUCCUAGAUCACAGGGCUCCACCAAUCAUAGGCUACCUUCCAUUUGAGGUUCUGGGGACGUCGGGCUACGACUACUAUCAUAUAGACGACCUGGAGACACUGGCCAAGUGUCACGAACACUUGAUGCAGUAUGGUAAAGGGAAGUCGUGUUACUACAGGUUCCUGACUAAGGGUCAGCAGUGGAUGUGGCUCCAGACUCGUUACUACAUCACCUAUCACCAGUGGAACUCCAGGCCUGAGUUCAUCGUCUGCACACACACCGUGGUCAGCUAUGCGGAGGUGAGGGCAGAGCAGCGUAGAGAGCUGGGUAUCAUUGAAGAGCCCCCCCCUGAGGUAACUAUGGACAAGCAGAGUCAAGACAGUGGAUCUGAGUCUCAGCUCAACACAGUUUCCAGCCUAAAAGAGGCACUGGAACGUUUUGACCGUAGCCACACCCCCUCCUCCACCUCUCUGUCCUCACACAGGACCUCCUCACAGCUCUCAGACAACACCUGUACCUCAACAGCUUCCAAGCUCCACAUGGACAUAGCCACGCCCCCUCGUCAGUCACAUGCUGCCUCCACCAUCGAGAUGACAUCACAGAGACGCUCCUCCAUCAGCAGCCAGUCUAUGAGUUCUCAGACCACGGGACACAGUGUGGCUCCCGUCCAUCCUGUCAUACAACAACACCAACAACAACAACAUCAGCCAGACGUACAGCCGGUGCUAGAGUUCUCAGCCCAGGUGAAUGUUAUGCAGCACCUGAAGGACCAGCUAGAGCAGAGGACCAGGCUGAUUCAGGCCAACAUCCAGAGACAGCAGGAUGAACUCAGAGCCAUACAGGACCAACUACACAGAGUACAGCCCCCAGCCAUACAGAUGUUUGUGCAGCAGCCGGCUGGAGCGUUGAAUGUCCAGCUGCCUCAGGUGGGGGUGGUGCCACAGGGAGCAGUUCUGACCAAUCAGGUGCAGCAGACUGUCCUAAACCCCGCCCAUACAGGAAGUCAGCUCACCAUUGGGCAGCAGCAGACGCCUCCCCCUCAACAGAACCUCCAACUGCAGCAAAACAACUCUCUCGCUCAGGUCCAGCAGCAGCGUCAGCAGCAGCAGCAGCAACAACAGCCUGUCUAUAACAUGAUCAUGUCCCAGCCUGGCCAGCCCAACCUACUACAGAUCAGUACCAGUCUACCACAGAACAACACACAACAGGCUGUAGCCACCUUCACACAAGACAACACUCAGAUACAGUUUCCGGCGGGCCAGCAGUUGGUGACUAAGUUAGUGACAGCUCCCAUGGCAUGUGGAACGGUUAUGGUGCCGACCUCUAUGUUCAUGGGACAACCGGUCAUCGCUUAUAACCCCUUCGGAGGGCAGCAGGGUGGUCAGACUCUGACCCUCCAGGCAGCCCAGCCCCAACAGAACCAGCCUGACAGCCAGGCACAGACGGCUGUAGUGGCACAGAGUAACCAACAGGGGGCGCAGCAGUUCGUACAGGGCACCCGUCUUCUCCACGGCAACCAGCAGCUGAUCCUCCAGGCAGCAUUCCCCAUGCAACAACAGCAACAGGCCUUCGCCCAGGUAACACAACAACAACAACAGUCUCACAACCAGAGGCAUCAGCUGCAGCUGAAACCACAGCCACAGAAACAACCCAAAGGCCCGCCUUCGCACCGGACUGACAGCUCCAGCAGCCAAGCACAGUAGGCCUGGGCGACCCAGGCGUCCAAUCAGAAUCUAUGACCCGAAGGCUGAACCAAUCAGAGGUGUGGAGGGGUGUCCUGGAUUGUGUUGUGUGUUUUUCUAAUGGAACUACAGUGUUGGAGUCACCCAACCCCCCACCUACCGCCCCUACCAAUAUAGCUGCUGUGUUGCCCCCCUCUUAUCUUCCGCCAUAACAAACUGAAUUAUGGGUAACGGUGAGGGUGGCCAGCCCUUCCUCCUAGAAAGCUACUAACUGUGCAGGGUUUGGCUCCGGCUCUGCUCUAACACACCUAUUCAGUUGCUCAUCAGGACCUUGAUGUUCAGCUAGACUGAAUCAGGUGUGUUGGUUAGCGCAGGGCCGGAACAAAAGCCUGCAGUCAGUAGAUCUUCAGGAGGAGGUUUGGCCCCAUCCGGAUUACACCUUCCUAAGGAACUCCUCAUCACCAUGGUGACAAUAGUACGGACCGGAACCAUCGGAACCCUGUAUCCCAUAGCAACCAGGAGGAGCGUUGUUGUUUGUGCGUUGGAGGAGAGAAAAACUCGGUGUCCGUGGAAACCCAGUAGAACUGCAUUGCCACGGUAACGAGAGACUCUAAAAGGAACGUUGUGGUGAUGGACUGACUCUAUGGGUCUGUACAGUACAGACGUGUGUAACAUAAC